AAACCAGGAAGUGGUGUGAUGACGUCACGUGAUUGGCAUGUGUCGAGAGCCGGGGUACAGUUUUAACUGUCAACUUCAGACACGAUUAAAUCAACAACGCAAAUCGAUCCUAAACAGCAAACAUCGGUAGAAUGAAUUUGUAAGAGCAAUUUUCCCCCUCUCACAAAGACGCUCCUCUCUAUGUUGUGCUAAACGUUUCCGCGUUCAAUAGCUAGCUAGCUGUCUGUAGCGAGUGGAACACAUGGAUCACUUUGUUUUGUAACUUCGGUAGUUAGCUAAUUAUUAUCAUGUUCCUGUCAUCGUUUAUACAUUUCAGCACACCGUCCAGAUGCUUUCCAAUAAAAACGUGUACGCGGUGUUGCCAAUACAGUACAGGAAGGAGCGUCCGUAAAGUCCAUACCCCAGUGUUGUUGAAGAACGCAUUGACUUUCAACCGCAGUGGAGGACACGGCGGAAAGCAAAAAUACAUGAGGUUGAAGAGCUCGCAGAAGAGAUGCUUUUCAUCUGAAUGUGACGAGGUUGGUCAUCAGCAUGAACAUGGGGAUGUGAGAGUGAGGUUCGCUCCGAGUCCAACAGGUUUCCUACACCUGGGGGGACUGCGUACAGCUCUCUACAACUAUAUCUACGCUAAGAAGUAUGGAGGAAGCUUCAUCUUACGUAUGGAAGAUACAGACCAGAGCAGACUGGUGCCGGGAGCUGCAGAGUCUAUAGAGGAUAUGUUGGAGUGGGCUGGUAUCCCCCCAGACGAGAGUCCCCGUGGAGGAGGCCAGUACGGUCCCUACCUCCAGUCCCAGAGGCUGUCCCUGUACAGCCAGGCUGCUGACUCCCUGGUCCAGACAGGGAAGGCCUACCACUGCUUCUGCAGCCAGCAGAGACUAGAAUUACUGAAGAGAGAGGCCCUACGCAGCGGACAGACACCGCGGUAUGACAACAGGUGCAGACACCUCCGCCCAGAUCAGCUAGAGGAGAAGCUGGAUCAGAAGGUCCCCCAUGUGAUCAGGUUCCGACUGGAGUCUGGAGUAGAACCCUUCAACGAUCUGGUCUUUGGCUGGAACCGUCAUGAGGUGGCCCAGGUUGAAGGAGACCCUGUCGUGUUGAAAGCUGAUGGUUUCCCCACCUAUCACCUGGCUAACGUAGUAGACGACCACCUGAUGAAGGUCAGCCACGUCCUGAGAGGAUCAGAGUGGCUCAUCUCUACCUCCAAACACCUGCUGCUCUACAGGGCUCUGGGCUGGGAGCCCCCGGUGUUCGGACACCUUCCUCUCCUCCUCAACAGAGAUGGCAGUAAGCUCUCCAAGAGACAAGGAGAUAUCUACAUACAGAGUUUCCAGAGGAGUGGGGCCCUACCUGAAGCACUACUGGAUAUCACCACACACUGUGGAUCUGGCUUCAACAGUAACCGUGUUGGUCGUAAGAUGGAGGAACUGAUCGCGGAGUUCAACCCGUCUAAGAUCACCACCCACUCUGCCCUGCUAGACCUGGACAAACUACCUGAGUUUAACAGGAUCCACCUGCAGCAGCGUAUCGAUGACGCGGUGCAACGCGAUUGGCUGGUGACGGAUCUGCAGGGGCGGAUCCAGGAAGUGUACGGAACACAAGUCCAGGAUCAGGAUGUUCUGCAACCAGAUUACAUCACACGGGUUCUACACCUGCGCAAGGGUCAUAUCUCCUCUGUGUCUGAGCUGGUGUCCUCAGAGUAUUCCUACCUUUGGGUUCGACCUUCUUUCUCUGACCAACAGAUGGCAGCACUCAGCUCAGAGACACAACACAUCGCUACUCUGGUCAUACGGUUGAUGGAAGGUCUGAAAGGAGGUGAGGAACUGACAGUCGACCAGCUCAGUGUAGAACUGAAGACUCUGGCUAAGAAGACCAGGAACACUAAAUACAGAGAUGUUAUGAAGAUUAUACGACUGGCCCUCAGCGGACUACAGCAAGGCCCCAGUGUAGCGGAGAUGAUGGUAUCGUUGGGGCCCAGUGAGAUCACACAUCGCUUCAACAGAGUUCUACAGCAGCACUGAACAUUGUGGCUGCAGGGCACCCUAUUCCCCAUACAGUACACUACUGUUGUCCAGGGUCCUACAGUACACUACUGUUGUCCAGGGUCCUAUCUCAAUCACACUGGACUUGUAAAGGACAUUCAGUCAAGUUGAACUGGAAAUGUUUGCAAUAAAACAGUUUCUACUAA